AUGACAAUCUCCUCGUCCGCCCAUGAGUGCCCAUGUCUGCUUCGCACUCACAUGCGCAAGCUCGACAAGCUCCUUCACGAGAGCCGAGUGUGACCCGCGGUCGCAUAGCAUCACGCACCAGGGCUCCCGGCAUUACCAUCCCUAGCAGCAGCAGCAAUUCGAGCCCAGACGGGACUCUCGAGCGCAAGCCCUCUCAGUCCUAUGCCCACAACCGCAACACCUCGAUCGUGCAUGGCGUCCAGCACUCACGCAACACGAGCUACGUGAAGUCGCCAGCCACCAGCCCCCUCAGCGAGCAGGUGCAGGUCAUAGCAGACCUCGAUGGAGCCGUCAUGUCGCAGGACACCAUAACGGCGGCCUUCUCGGCGCAUGGCGUAACGGCCGGCGCAAAUGCUGCGAAUGGCUUCACAGGCGCUGGGCUUCCCCCGGCACUUGGUGAUAGCAGCAGUGCGCAGCGCAAGCCUGAGCGAGCUCCCAGCAGGUCGUCUCGCAAGGGCCAUGUCCACCACCGCUCCCAGUCGCGCCACCAUCAGCAUACCCACGAGCUCAAGACAGUCGGCGAAUAUGCGUUACACCACCUCUUUAAUUCGUUCAUCAGUCAGGCAGACCAAAAGAUUAUUCAAUGCAUGACAGACCGGAGUCAGCCAGAGGCCGAAGUAGAACACAUCUGUGGCCCUGGAGUUGAUCCCAACUUCGAUCAGCUCAUAGCGGCCCUUGGUCACAUUGCGCGGCACAAGCCAAAACCUCUGAUAGACACUAUCAUGCUUUGGCGCAAGGCGAAGAGUGAAGAGGCUUCAAAACUACGGGCGCAGCUGCAGACUGCUCGACAAGCAAGUGCACCUGCUCAUCCUCACCUGCCUCGCCGAAACACUGAAUCGAGUCAACAUCUGCCCGAGAACCUGUCAACAACUUCGAUAGCUGCGGGCGCCGAGCAAUUACUCGCUCUCCAGGAUACUGUGACACUGGCUGAGCAGCGCUCAACAGUGUCAACUUACAUCCUUUGCCGGGUGCUCAUCGAGAUCAUGAGCCAGACUGACAUUCAGAACUUGACUUUUGACAUGGCUGAUCGCCUGCUUGGUCUCUUCUAUGGACAGCUCAAUACCGUGGACCCCGAUCUGGUCGAAGUAUCUAACCUGAGCAAAGCCAAUUACGCCAUCUUCAGCCAGCUACUCGGUGUUCUCAGUGGACUUAUCUUCGAUCAGGUGCAGGAAAAGUUCAUCGUUGACCUCAAGAGUAUUGACACCCAAUUGGCUGUCAAAGGGCAAUACACACGGGACAUUGAAAACAAGGGCGCUCACCUCAUACGUGCUCUACGCUAUCUGAAGGUCAAAACUUACCCAGAGGAAGCAUGGGACCGUACCUGCAACUUUAUGUUGUCCCUUGCGAAACUGUUUGUCAGCGCGCACGGUCACCCAAUGAAGUACGCAUUUUGCCAAGUGUUGAGAGAACUCUUGCUCCGGAUUGCAUCGAAAGCCACCGUCGAAAUUAGUUCACCCAAAUGGAAGCAAGUAGUCGACAUGAUGAGGCAGCGAGCUGCUGUGUUGCUCGGCAAACCUAAGCAUUGGCAUGAGGCCUUCCCUCUGAUGACCGCACUUCUGUGUGUCUCGCCCACAGAAACGUUCACGGCGCAAUGGUCUGCGCUUGCGCUGUCAACACAGCCGCGACUUAAGGAGCGCGUCACUCGUCCUAUUGCCCUUCGAGGCAUAUGCCAGUUGGUAUGGACGUAUCUGUACAGAAAAGGCCCCGAUCCAUCAGCCACUGCUGUGCGCAAACUCGAAGACAUUAUUCGGAUGAUAUUCCAAACCGGACGGCGAUCGUAUCUCUCGACUGAACCCGCCAUCGCCGAGCCUCUCAUUCAAUUGACGAGGAUUAUUGGCUACAAGUAUCAAGAUCUUUGCUUCAAGACGGUCAUCUUCCCCUUACUUAAUGCUGAGAUGUUCGCUUCUGGUCGAGAACUUCGUGUCGAAAACUUGGAGCCUGAUCGAAUGGUUUUGGGUAUCCGCUCAUUCCUCGCAAUCAUGGCAGACCUGGAGAACUCGGAACAACCGCCCUUUCCGAUUUCAUUCGACUAUGAUCCCAAUGCCAUUCUCCCAGAACUUCCAGCUCUUCCAGUCAGCCCACGACCCACACAGCAUCUUCCUAUCAAGUCGUCAUUGCUGAAAGAAGAGCGGCUGUCACGACCAGUCAACUUUAGCGGAUUCGCGGAAGUGGCGAAAGAGUCGUAUGUACGCUUUUGCAAGAUACUGGGCGAAAUCACGAUCAUCUGCGAUAACACUUUUGGUGGGCAGGCGGUCCUUGACGAAAAGUUCUCGCUCCAGACACCGAAGACUCCUAUGGUAGAAGCCUUCAGCUUUAGCCGUCGCGAAGAUCAUCAAGGCUCUGGAGACCCUAGGCAAGGGUUCUACGACUUGCUUCAUGUUGCGGUACAAGCUUUACCCCGAUGUCUCUCACCACACAUCCCUUUCAACUCGCUGGUGAAUUUGUUAUGUACCGGUACGGCUCAUGUGCAAGGCAAUAUCGCCGUUUCUUCAGCACAAUCUCUGAAGUCGAUCGCGCGACAGUCACACGCACAACAAGUUACAAUCGGGUUCGCUCGUUUUAUCUUUAAUUUUGACGAUCGUUACGCCACUAUGUCGGACGGUGGCAUGCUCGGUGCUGGACACAUUGAGAGCACCCUGAAGCUCUACGAAGAGCUACUUCAUAUCUGGAUCGAGGAAAUCAAACAAAAGGUCCGCAAAACAGCACUUGACACACCUGAAGAGGGAAGCGGUAGCCGAGCUGCGCUCCUCGAUCUGUCGUCAGUUUGGACCCAUGUUGAGGAAGUGGAAUCUCACGGCCUCUUCUUUCUAUGUUCACCUUCACGCCGUGUCCGAUCUUAUGCAGUCGACGUAUUGCGCCUCAUCACCGAGUUCGACACGGCGUUGGGCGCCACCAACACCCGCAUAAUACGCGUCAUGGAAGGCAGUCCACAGAAGGUUAUGGACAUCAGUGACGAGAAAUUGUCAUUAGCAGAGCGAAGUCGACUUCAGCGCGGAAUGCGCAAAAGCAAUGUCCAGAGCACUUUGGUGGAGUUGUGUAGCAGCGACGUGCCUUAUGACUCUACCCUUUGGUUCAAGAUCUUUCCAAAUCUGGUGCGCAUCAGCUUCGAACUGUGUCCGUUUGCUGUUACUCUUACUCGCGACAUCGUCUGUGCAAGACUUACGCAGAUGCAUCGAACCUUGCUCACACUUGGUGAUGGACCUCGCGCCACGCCUUACUCACCCUUUGAGCCUGGAAGCGUUAGCAGGGUCACCAAUCGCCUGGCUUCGACUUCACCAGAGAUCGUCAUCGAACAGUGGAAGCUUUAUUUGAUCUUCGCCUUCACUACCCUGACAAAUCCUGGACAAGGUGCCUUGUCAGUCGCGCCGAGCCAAAUGUCACAACACUCGCGAAAAAGCUCCAAGUCGUCGCAGAAGAGUACAAAUAAGCUGCAUACGGCUAGCGAACUUUUCGCAAAGGUUCUUCCUGCAUUGUCCGUAGACAAUAGUGCCGUACGGGAGGCGGCCGUCGUUGGUCUAGGUUCCAUCAACAUCAACCUUUACCGAACGCUGUUGGAGUCUCUGCAAGGAAUUGUUGCUGCAUGUACUGAAGAGGCAAAGACUAGACUUGGUGCGCACACCAGGACACUAAGCAGUCCGCGAAGGAACCGACGUACCGAUCACCUCCGAACUGAGAUCACUCACGUAUACAAACUCACUUCCCAGUUCUUGCGGCUUCCCGAGGCCUACAAUGAUGAGUGGAUUGUCAACAACCUUGUCAACUACACGAAGGAUUUGAGAAUCUUCCUCAGCGACGCGGAAGUGCAAAAUGAGUGGGGCUUUCAGAAGCUUCGUACCCACUAUUGCGGGCUUGUAGAAGUACUUUUCGAAGGCAUCAAUCGGACGAGCGACCCUCUCCAGUGGAUGCCAUUUCAGGCGCGCAAAGCAGCCUUUACGCUCAUGGAGGACUGGUGUGGCUACUCUGCAAAUCAGCCGCAGAUUCGCCAACGAGAGGAAAAUAUGCGCAGGUCUAUGUUAGACCGAGAGGUUGACUUGGGCAACAAAGGCAUCGCAACGGCAGCUAUGGAGAUCGAGAAGCGUGACCUUCGGACGGCAGCUCUCAGUGCCAUGGCUGCUUUAUGUGGCGGUCCGGUCAGCAUUACAACUGACAGCAAGGUCUUGAUGCAGUUCGACGUCCGCCGAAUGUUGUCCUGGAUCGACAGUAUUUUCGAAACUCCUAGUGACCGCACGCAUGCAAUCGGUCGAAGAGCACUUAUGAACCUUAUCAUCCACAACCGAGAACAUCCGUACCUUCUUGAUCGCGCCAUUGAGAUGUGCUACCUUUCCAAGUCUUCCAAGGCGCUGGAUAGCUACUUCGAGGUCGUCACGCAAGUGCUUAUUCAACGAGAAGAUUACACAUUGCCCUUCUGGAAGGUGCUCAGUGCAGGUCUAUACACGCUUGGACACGAGAACAGCGGGAUACGCGUCAAGUCUUCUCGUUUGCUGAGGACAUUAGAAGGCAGAGAACAGAAGAACUCGAAGCUGCAAGACCUCGACAUAAGUAUCUCCGAUAAGACCAUAGCUGUGUACAAGCUAGCCCAGUUUGAGACCUCUCGCCGACUCGCAAAACAACAUUCGGAGCUCGCCUUCCUUGUGUUCUCGCAAUGCUCGUACUACUUCAAGGAGUUACAACCGGAUCAUCAGCGAAAUAUGGUCGCUGCAAUGCUGCCUUGGGUCCAGACCAUCGAACUCCAAGUGCAGCCAGGCGGUGGUCCUACAGCCAACUCUUACAUGCUGCUCGUCAAUCUCUUCGAGAUUACUGUUCGCUCGGGCAAUGCACUCCACAACGAGAUCCAAGCACUUUGGCAAGCUUUGGCUACCGGACCUUACGGAGGAAACGUGCAGCUAAUCCUCGAUUUCAUCAUCAACCUUUGCUUGGACAAACGAGAGCAAAACUAUGUCGACUUCUCGAAACAGAUUGUUGUUCACCUGUCUAGCACCCCAGCUGGACAGAAGGUGGUGGAGUUCCUUCUUCUUCAGAUCAAUCCACGUUCACUAGUGAGCGAGAAGCGCGAGCCAAUACCACCACCGGUAGAUGCUGUCAACUUGCCAUAUCUUGCGGAUCUUAAUGCUUUGCUCCCAAGCAGCAACAAGCAGUCUGGCUUUGCUCUCGGUCAGGUCUGUUUGAUCUUGCUUGUCGAUCUCAUGGUAUCUCCUAUCGAGCUUGCGAGCGAAAACGUGCCUCUGCUUCUCCAAGUUGUUCUUGUCCUCUGGGAUCACUACACACCUGUAGUCCAGGACCAAGCACGAGAGAUGCUUGUGCACCUCAUACACGAAUUGGUCAUCUCCAAGAUUGAGGAUGAUACUCUGGGUAUUGACAAGCGUGCCAUCGAAGACUUUGUAGAGAAUAUCCGCCAACAUGAUGCUAAGGUUGUGUGGAACUACGACGACAAGAACAGCAAAGAGGCGGAGGACUCUAGCACCAAGGUACCAGAAUCCAUGGAAUAUGUCUCUGGCGAAGUCCUGAAAUUCUUCACCCUUGCCUAUCCUGGUCUUAGGGAGGCAUGGGGAAGGGUAGCACUCAACUGGGCUACCUCUUGUCCGGUUCGGCAUCUUGCAUGUCGAUCGUUCCAACUGUUCAGAUGCAUUCUGAGCUCUCUUGAUCAACAGAUGCUCUCCGACAUGCUUGCUAGGCUGUCUAACACCAUCUCAGACGAAGAGAGCGACAUCCAGACCUUUUCUAUGGAGAUCUUGACAACACUACGCACCAUCAUCGAAGCGUUAGCCCCCGAAGACCUCAUCCAAUAUCCUCCGCUAUUCUGGACGACUUGCGCCUGCCUUGACACCAUACAUGAAGGCGAGUUCAUGGAGAGUCUUUUGAUGCUGGACAAGUUCCUUGACAAGCUUGAUCUUGGCGACCCUACCGUCCUACAAGUACUCGAGGACAGCUGUCCUGAGAAGUGGGAAGGCAAUUUUGAGGGUCUUGCUCAGCUCACGUUCAAGGGCAUACGAUCAAGCACCUGUUUAGACCGGUCAUUGCGCAUCCUCAACAGGCUAGUUGUACUGCCUUCGAGUCGAAUCGUUGGAGAUGACACGCGACUUGUGUACACCAUACUCGCCAACUUGCCGAGGUUCAUACGAUCCUUCGAGACGAUCAAGAGGGAUCCUGGCGUCAAAGCCACAGCUGAGAUUCUUGCUCGCGUGGCCGAGGAGCAGUAUCAGUGCACUGCGCUCGCCGAUGCGCUCACAUCUUUCGCACUGAAACGCUACCGUCAAGAGACAGACUUUCUAUCCCAGACUCUGUCGGCCAUUCGAUCGGCUUAUUUCCCAGAUCUUGAGUUGGGCAGUCUGAUCUUCCUGCUCAGUCUGCUCACGAACAAAAUCGAUUGGAUGAAGAUCAACACCAUGGAGGUGUUGUGUAUCUUGAUACCGGAAAUCGAGAUGCGCAGACCAGAGAUAGCCUCCAAGGGGCCUGACCUCAUCUCACCAUUGCUGCGAUUGCUGCAGACUGAGUUCUGUCCACAAGCUUUGCGUGUCCUCGACUUUGUCAUCAAUCUUAGCAUGACCAACGCACCAACGCCUUUUGAGAAACAACACAUCCGCAUGAGCAUGGCUGGAUCACACUCAACCAGAGGCUAUAAGAAGCAGUUCGAGAAGACCCAGUCAUUGUACGGCAUCCCCGAAGAGAGCGGGUGGUCGAUACCAAUGCCUGCUCACCACUCGCACCUGACAAGAGCAAACGUGCAUGCUGUCUUCUACACUUGUGGCAACCUCGAAGGUGCCGAUGCUCCUGAAACAGCUACACCGAAGAUUGAGUUCCGAGCAGACGAGUUCCCCUUCAGCCCAUUGUCGGACUACCGCACAGCAACUAUGACUUCUGAAGACACACGCGGUGAAGGCCACAUUGGCGAUCUAGUCAUGAAGCUAGACAGUCUGGACGACUUCUUCGAUGACGACGAUGACGAUGACGACAACGAGACACUCACCGACCUCCCCAACUUCACGUCAAGCCACUACCAUCCUAAUGGCUCUUACGCUAAUAACACGCUCAACACACGGGAGAAUCUCUACGACCAGCAAACCGCACCAAUCCUGCUGAAGUCGCUAACGCGCAACGCGAGCGUCACGUCAUUCCAAUCAGGCUUCAGCACUGAUCAUGUCAAGUUAUCACCAGCACGAGAUCCCGGUGUCAUGACUCCAGGCGCCUUUAGUUCCUUCACAUCAACACCAACCGCCCCUGUGCCAACAAGUGCUCCUCGCCCAGGUCUCCACGCCCGAUCCGUAACCUCACCCUCAGCACCCAACCAACCUCAGCGAACCUCACCAUCACUCUCCACAACCGCACUCGACGAGAUAGGCGAAUCCUUCUCGGACGAUGACAUCCGCUUAACAAGUGCAGACCGCACAUUCAGUCUCGAAAACAUGGCAAAGCCCGCUGCGCAGGACGCGCGAAGCAGGAUACGGAACGGCAUGAGGAGGCUCACUGGCGGUGGAGGCGAUGGCAAGGAAGGCACGAAGACUAGGGAGGCGAUUAAGCAGGCACUGCAGAAGAGUCUGCAGGUACCCAAGGUGCCGGAUAUUUAUCUGCAUAAUCCGAAAAGUUCGGACUUAUAGCAACGACUGAGCUUCCUUGGGCUGAACUAGUGGCGACCAGGAAGCCCCGGACGUGCAGAUAUGUGGGGAAGUGGGGUGGAUGUUGUGGAGGAGGCAGGAAAGGAGGCUGCCGAGAGGGCAGGGGAGAUGAGAAAUUUCGAUAACCGUCAUUUUAUGUCAGGAUACCAGAUUGCUUCAGAU